GUCAUUGUUCGUGGAAAUGCCGUAGUGAGAUUCCGUAUUCGUGAACCGAACCCGAGAUCGAUGGCUGGAGCAAUGCAAUUGAUCCGCGCUUGGGUAUCGGGCGGUAGUUGACCGUCAAGAGCAUGAGGAACCGGUAGAUGAAACGGACUAUAGGAUAUGCAACAAUCUUGAUGAUAUAACUUCAGAGGUUGACUCUGUGCUUUUCUUCACCAUCAACUCAAAACUUCCACCACUAUCAUCCCCUCUGCCCUGUCCACCUACAAGUUUUACCUUUCCUUGAGAAUGUCCACCUCCGGCCCCAUCACCGAGUUCCCCGCUCCCGGCCUUCGGGAUCCCUUCCGCUACAUCACCGGCCACGACGCCGAAGGAAACGCCGUCUUCGUCCAAACCGACAACGGCGACCACCGGGCCGUCAUGCUCGGCGGUGCCGCCGCGCAAAACAUCCUCUACAGCGCUGGCUCCAACCCCAUCGAGCUCACCGGCAACGUCGAUCUCGAGUUCGCCAAGAACAGGCCCUCCCUCCACAUCCCCAACGGCGUCUGCGUCCGCAUGAUCGACUUCGCGCCCGGCUGCAAAUCCAACAUGCACCGGGCCCUCUGCAUGGGCAUCGGCACCGUGUGCGAAGGCGAGGUCGAGCUCACGCUCGGCAGCGGCGAGAAGCGCAUCUUGAGGCCCGGUGAUGUCUCGAUCAACCGCGGCGCGAUGCACCAGUGGCGCAACACGUCGGACGAGAAGCCGGCGAGGAUGCUGUACACGCUGCUGGACAUCAACCCGCUGAUUGUCAAUGGCAAGCAGCUGGACUUUGAUAUGGGGUAUUUGAUGAAAGAGUAUGCGGAGUAUGAUGAGGGGAAGGGGGAUAAGAAGGAUGAGUAG